AUGGUGGGGGAUACUUUUAAGGAUUUAGGGGCUAAGGUUGCCCUGGGAGAACAACAGAUUGACACAUCCUUAAUUAAGGAGUUUCAGACAGUCGUGGAGGAUGAAUGGAAGGAGAUGUCUUGCAGUAUACUGUGGGAUCACCAACAAUUCCUCCAUAUCAAGCUUCAAGUGGGGAGUCAGUCUGGUCUGGCUACUUUUGUAUAUGCUGGUUGUUCUCCUAGUCCUAGAAAGGAUCUGUGGGAGAGUCUUUUAGCUAUUAGUAGCUCUUGUAACUCUUUUUGGAUGGUUGGAGGAGACUUUAAUUGUACUUCAGUACCUUCAAAAAAGUUGGGUGGUGCCCCACCUGACCUCAACAAGAUGAAUUAUUUCAAUGAUCAAAGCAACUUGGCUUGCCUGUAUGACCUUGGUUUUUCUGGUCCACAAUUUACAUGGAGAAGGGGUCAAACUUGGGAAAGGCUAGAUAGAAUUUUUGUGAAUUCCAUGUGGUUUAGUGAGUUCAUUCACACUUCUGUGCAACAUCUCAGCAUGACAGGAUUAGAUCAUAGACCACUACUUAUGAAUAUUUCCGCAUCAAAGGUUAAGCACAAGCCAAUGGGUGAUAUCAACUUAAAUGUUGUGGAGGCUGAAAAGACUGUUGCUAAGUUGGAGGCUGAAUUAGAGAGUAACCCUAAAGUGGAGAAGGAUUUAUUGAUUGCUAAUGAAAAUUUGAUGAAUGCCAUCUGUAUGCAGGAGGAUUUCUUUGCCCAAAAGGCUGCUAAGACCAGAUUUUGUGAAGGGGAUAGAAAUUCAAACUACUUUCAUGCAUGUAUCAAGUUUAGAAGAAAGUGCAACACAAUACAUAAGAUAAAGGAGAAUGAUGGCAAGUGGCUCCAUUCUGAAGAAUUGAUUGCUGCUAGUGCUGUUAACUACUACCAAACACUCUUUAAACAACCAUCUGAUUUUAGGCCCCCCAUCCAGUAG